AUGACUAUUCCAUAUCCACGUACAUAUUAUCCUCUGAGGGAAAUGUCACAUGAGAGUUGCACGUGGCUACCAUCUGAGAUUAAUAUGGUGGCAACAGCAAAUAUAGCAAAUAUUAGUUUGGGUAUAACUAGCACCAAUGCCAUUGGCUAUAAAAAGAAGUAUGAACGCGACUAUUCAACCUGUAUCGAACCACCAAGGCCUAUCCAUUCAAAGAGCAGCAAUAAAAAUGCUCAUAAGGACACUACUGCCUUACUGAGUAGCAGCAGUAAUAUCAGUAAUCUGUCAGUCAAUCUCGAUAGUAUGACUGUGACCAAUAACAAUCAGAACCACAACGAAAAAGAGAAUUACCACAAUGCUUAUUUAGAGACAAACUCAUCGUUAGAAUUCACAAAUACACAGUUAUCAAGCACGAUAAGAAUAACAGCUGACUCAUCACAACGCUCAGCGCACUAUAACAAUCAUAAUAAUGAAAUGAAUGAUAAGCUCACCAUAGUCAACAGUGAGAACAGCGGUCAAGAGCAGCAUGCAACAGUGGUCAUCCCCAUAAACGAAAGAGUGCCUACAAAAUCUAUUCGCAUCGAAAGAGAUUACACAUUAGGUGAUGGCAUCACCCGCUUCCAUACAACUUAUCCUACAGAACUCAACGGCAAGAUGUCGCUGACCAAUGGUCGUUAUGCUGAAUCUUCUUGA